AACUUGUUUCAAAUUUAAAAGCACACUCUCUCGCCACACCUCCUUCUCUGCAAAACAAAAAAAAGAUCUCCGCAAAACAAAUGGCUUCCAUGAAACUCGUUCAUCUCUUUCGCCGUUACCUCUUGAUCGCUCUCACUCUCUUUCAAAGCCUGAUUUCGUGUUUCUUCGAUUUUCCCAUACUCAUCAAGCUCGCCGAUUCGUUCUUAUCUCUGUAUUUCUUGAUUUUCUGCGAUCUCCGACCCGUGACCGUCGAUCUAGACGACGGAGAAACCACCGUUCAUUUCUGGAUCUCCGGCCACCGCAGAAUCUCCAGGCCGAAUCUCGUCAUGCUUCACGGAUACGGAGGAAACUCCAAAUGGCAGUUCGUUCAUCAAGUCUCCGAUCUCUCGAAAUCGUUUAAUAUAUUCAUCCCUGAUUUGGUCUUCUUCGGAAAAUCCUACUCGAAGAAUUCGGAUCGGAGCGUUGAGAUUCAGGCGAGGAGCGUCGCCGGAGGAUUGAAGAAAUUGGGUUGCGUCGAAGGAGGAGGGGUCUCGGUGUAUUCGAUAAGCUACGGUGGAUUCGUGGCGUAUAAAAUGGCGGAGAUUUGGCCGGAGAUGGUGGAGAAACUGGUGAUCGUGAGCAGUGGAGUGGGAUUUACACAGCAGCAGAAGACGGCGGAGAUGAAAAAACACGGCGGAGAUUGUUCGGAGAUUCUGGUUCCUAAAACUCCGAUGGAUCUAAGGAUGUUGAUUAAGAUCUCUAUGCACACCGGUUUAACGUUCGUCGAUUGGUUACCAGAUUUUAUCCUCUCCCAGUUCAUCGCGGUAAUGUAUGAGAAAAAUCGGCAGGAACUUCUUGAGCUAGCUAAGAAUUUGCUGGAAAGAGAAGAGGAACCAGAAUUGCCUGUGAUAUCACAGAAAACGUUAAUCGUUUGGGGAGACAAGGAUAAAGUAUUUCCAUUGGAGCAUGGUUAUCGGCUGCAAAGGCGUUUGCAGAGUUCAAGAUUAGAGAUAAUACAGGAAUCUGGACACGCUGUUAACGUUGAAGCACCAACUACUCUUAAUAAUUUGAUUACUGAGUUUGUCUUAAGUGUUUGAUCUCUAUUUUUGUAUAUACUUCUCCUUCUACCUAAUAAUAAUAUAUAUCAUAUAUGGCACUUAAUUUUGAAGUAUA